AUGUCUUUCUCAAACACCUCCACCGGUAGCAAGCCCUCUGAUCCUUACACUUCCAAGAACACGGAUGAUGCUACCACAGACCAGAAGAUCAAGGGCCUCGAGAAGUUCGUCACCUCAUGCAAGUAUGGCAUGAUGACCACCCACGAUACCAGCUCAUCCAAGCUCGUAUCUCGCUGCAUGGCUAUCGCUGCCACUGAGAACGGCGGUGUCGAUCUGUUGUUCUUCACAAACACUGAAUCCCACAAAACGGAUGAACUUCAGAAGAACAACGCCAUCAACAUCGCCUUUAUCAAUAGUUCUGGAGAAUGGGCAUCCGUAUCGGGAGAUGCAGAAGUGCUCACGGAUCGUUCAUUGGUGAAGAAGCACUACACGCCUACUCUAAAGGCAUGGGUUGGCGACCUGCAGGAUGGGAAGCACGACGGCUCCGAGAACGACCCUCGCAUCGGUGUUAUCCGCGUCAAGACGCAGACAGUGACCUACGCUGUGAGCAACAAGACGUUCAUAGGCGCGGCUGUCGAAAUUGCGAAGGGCGCAGUUACCGGCGAUACAGCGAAUGUGAACAAGCUCAGAGAGAUUUCUGAGGACGAGAUUCAGACGUGGCGUUCAUUGCAUCAGAACUGA